AUGGAUCGCUGGCAAGGUAAAGUGGCGGUUGUUACCGGAGCAAGUUCCGGAAUCGGAGCAGCCAUUGCAAAAGAUCUUGUCGAAUCCGGGAUGAAAGUUGUGGGAUUGGCAAGACGUCUGGAACGUAUGGAGCAAGAUGCUGCAAAAAUGAACACUAGCAAGGGCGGGCAUUACUACCCAAGAAAAUGUGAUGUCUCUAAAGAAGAAGAAAUUCUAGAAGCUUUUGCUUGGGUUAAGAAAACCUUUGGAGGUGUUGAUGUUUUGGUUAAUAAUGCUGGAAUCGUCAGAGCUAAUAUGCUAGUAAAUCCUGGAAAUUCUAAUGAUCUCCGUUCUGUGAUUGAUGUAAAUGUGAUGGCUUUGUGUUAUUGCACCAGAGAAGCUUUUAAUUCCAUGAAAGAACGAGAUGUUGCUGGGCAUAUCAUACACAUUAACAGCAUUGGUGGUCAUUCCAUCCCAUCCGCAGGCGAUGCACCACCAACUGCCAACAUGUAUUUUGGAUCCAAACAUUGUGUCACUGCUUUAACUGAAACACUCAGACAAGAAAUGAUUUAUUUGAAAAGCAGAACCAAAGUCACGAGUAUAAGCCCAGGAGUAGUCGACACAGAAAUCUUUGAUGGUUCUUUUCCAUCUAAGGAGAUUAAAGAAAUGUUUCUUGCUAAUAAUCCCAGCUUGAAAUCUGAAGAUGUUUCUCAAGCUGUUUUAUAUGCACUGGGAACACCAGAACAUGUGCAGGUUCAUGAACUUAUUAUCAAACCCAUUGGAGAAAAAUUCAUGUUUAUAAAUUGCUGUUGUCCCAUUAGCAAUUGUAUUCAUCCUCUGAAAACAAGUCAGGUCAGUUCUGAUAUUAUCGAAGAACGAAAUUGGACAUCGAAAAUGGAUCGAUGGAUCGGAAAAGUAGCCGUUGUUACCGGAGCAAGUGCCGGAAUUGGAGCAGCAGUUUCAAAAGAUCUUGUCGAGGCAGGAAUGAAAGUUGUGGGUUUAGCAAGACGUUUGGAACGCAUGGAGGAAAAUGCCGCAAAAAUGGACACGAGCAAGGGUGGAAAGUUUUAUCCUAAGAAGUGCGAUCUGGCCAAAGAAAGUGAAAUCAUGGAUGUAUUCUCGUGGAUCAAGGAAAAUCUUGGAGGAGUUGAUGUGAUGAUAAACAACGCAGGAAUGAUGAAGAUGACAAUGUUAACAACUCCGGAUAAUGGCAAUGAUUUGCGUACUGUUUUGGAUAUAAAUGUGAUGGCUCUUUGCAUUUGUACCAGGGAAGCAUUUAAUUCCAUGAAAGAACGUGAUGUUGCUGGACACAUUAUUCAUAUAAACAGCCUGACAGGACAUCAUGUUCCUUACCUGGGUGAUUUUCCACCAGUAUUCAACAUUUACCCAGGCUCCAAACAUUGUGUUACUGCGUUAACAGAAACUUUAAGACAAGAAAUGAACUAUCUUAAGAGUAAAACUAAAAUUACUAGCAUAAGUCCCGGUCAUGUGGCAACAGAAUUUUUAGAAGAACCAUUUGGCCAAGAACAGUCGGAUCAAAUAAAACAACAUCAUCCGACUUUACAACCAGAAGACAUUUCUCAAAGUAUUCUUUUUGUUUUGGGUACACCAGAACAUGUUCAGGUUCACGAACUCAUAAUUAAACCAGUAGGCGAAAAGUCUUAAAUACAUUUAAAAGCAUCGUAUUUUUUU